AGACACUGCACGCAACAGCGAAGCCUUUAGUUAACUAGUUGAAGUGCGCUGCGGUUGUACUUGAGUAAAUAUACCCUUUUUGCGAAUUCGGUAAAAACAAAACGUGUGUGAUCUAAUUUUGAAAAAUGUUGCGUUAUCUAAACUUUAAAAUAACACCUAAGACUAUAACAGUACUUUUUGUGUUGUUUCUCGGUUCAUUAACCCGUGCGGAAGAUCGCGCUACGUCGACAGCUUCCGUUACAACCAACUCGGACCAAUCAACGUCUCUUGGUUCGGGUUCCACGAGGCAAAUAGAUGGUUCUAUUAAAAGGAAUGUAAAUUUGAGAGAUUUAUCAACAUCAAGUUCGGCCAAAAGUUAUGAUACGCCGCCAGAAUUUUAUAGAGGCCCAGGUUCACCCAGCAAAACAUCAUCUUCGACAUCAAGCUCGUCUUCAGCUUCAAUCAAUACACCUUAUCAUAAUCGCGACAGCGCCACCGCAAGCUUUAUCUCCAAACCCAUCACGUUUCCAGACCUUACCGGAAAAAAAAAAUUCCACAACAAUGAUCCCAGUCAACAACUAGCGAACUCUUUCAACAACUGGCAGCAGAUACGCGGACAAAGCGCACAGGAUAGGAUCAGUGUGAAACCUUAUGGCAGCAACGAGGUGCAUGGACUAACUUCAGGUUACGCACCUGGUGGAGGCGGUGACCACCACAGCUACCAUGACAUACGACCCUACACAACCGGUGGACACUACAUCGACUACGGCCCUACACAUGCCAGUGGACACUACGGCGCCACCGGUCACAGCGGCUACUAUGGCGGAGCGAACAGUGUCGAGGCCGGCGCUAUACCCUUCGACGUGUAUGGCGGCAAAGGCAUCGGCCACUAUGCGGGCGCCGGUGGUGAGUACUCAUACACCUACCCGGAAGUGCCACACGAAACGGCAGCGCACAAGGGCCACCACGAGCUGUCGCAGAAGGCUUUGUUGGCUAAAAGUUUUCUCAUACCGCUUGCAAGUGCCGCGGUUUUGGGCAUCGCCGCGGCGCUGGCCAGCAAUCCGCUGCUACUGCAACUGGGCACAGUAUCUGGCGUGCCUGUGAGCGUGGUGGGUAAAAGACGACGUAGAGAUUUGCGAACUUUGAGCGCAGUGAAAGCGGGAUUAGUGGCCAGUGAGCUGCCGAAGUCUGAAAGAAAAGCUGCGGCGGGCGCAGACAUGGCUUAUCGCGCCCAACAUCUGCGGUCCAAGGCACGUGUGUAGUUGGAGACUUGACUGCAGCAAGAACCCGUAGAAAGGAAGUAGGAAGAGACGGUAAUUCAAUUUUCUUGCUCCCCUCUACGGAAAGGCGGCCCAGCACAGCGCUUCAUUGUGAUUGAAUUGUGAAGUAGAAAAGGAAGAGAUGGCGCUUAGAUAGUAAAAUACUCAAAUAAAGACAGACCAAAUCUUGAUAAAACAUAAGCGAAAAAAAAUAUAAAA